CUCGAACGUGAAAUACAGCCAAAAUUCCUCCUUAAAUCAAAAGCAAUCAAAACAACAAACAAAAAGCACCAAAGAACUAAAAUUCCCCACAACAGUACAAACAGCACAGAAAAAUAACCCCUUCCGCCAUGGGAGGAGGAGCUCAAGCUCUGAGCCUUCAUGAAGGCGAGAAGGAAAGCAUAACAACCCGCAUUUCCGCAACAGGCGAAUACGCAAACCUGCUGGGCCUGGGCCUAGCAGAAAACGACAAGAACAGCGUGGGACCCCCAAAGAUCGUGUCGGUUCUGGGGUCAGUUCUGGAGAAGACGAUGAAGAAGAAUGAGAAGCAGAGGGGUGGGUCCUCUGUUUCUGCUGACGUCACGGUUUUCCAUGGCAGCCGGGCUCCUUCCAUGAGCGUGGGUCAGUACGUGGACCGGAUCUUCAGGUACUCCAACUGCAGCCCGGCCUGUUUCGUGGUUGCUUACGUUUACCUGGACCGGUUCGUUGCUCGGACCGGCGCCGUGCUGACGUCACUUAACGUUCACCGCCUUCUGAUUACCUCCAUCAUGUUGGCCGCCAAGUUCCUCGACGAUGGCUGUUAUAAUAAUGGAUACUACGCAAAGGUUGGAGGGAUCUCAAACUCAGAACUGAACAAGCUGGAGAUGAAGUUUUUGACUGCUCUUCAGUUCAGGCUGCAUGUCAGUGUUGACACCUUCAUCAGCUACUGUGCGCUGCUCGAGAAACCGGAACGCCCGGUCAACCCGCCGCGGGUUAGAACUUCCGGUUUCAGGAAAUAUUUAGCUAAAAUAUUGAUUGUGCAAUGAGAAUUGUAAUUAGAUGUGCUGAUGGACUAUAAUACCAUUUUGUAUCUGCUAUUCUGAGUAGGCAAUCAACACACUAUUUUAGAUGGAAUGUAAAAUAAAUCUAACACAGUGGGUCACCGGCCCUGGAUUGGGACCGGCAUGAUCCGCACUGGUCUUGAGACCGGUUGGGAGACCGGUUUUCCGGUCCCGGGUGGACCGGAACCGGGAACCCCGGUUCGUAUUACCCGGUCCCGGGUGCCAAAAAAUGCGACCGAGCCCUAUUCGAUUUAAGGUUCCCACUUUUUUU